GGUACGUAACCCAUGUAGAGCUGAGAAUUUGGAAAAAAUCUCCCAGUGGGUGUUUUCACAAACUAAAAUUAAAGAUGUUUGCUUCUACGGGAAGAUUCUGGCUGAAGGUGCCCCCCAGUGCAUUCGAAUAAGUAUGGGAGCACUGAAAUGUUGACACACAAGAAGAGGAAAUUGUAUGCUCUGCCUAUGUGGGACGAUGAUGCCUGGAAAUAUGGGAUGUAUAAAAUCAAAAAGGAAAGAGAAUCUGCAUGGAGAUGGGCUAGAUUUGAAGAAUCAACCAGUACGUAAAACUGAACGAACUAUUUAUGUGAGGGAUCCAACGUCCAAUAAACAGCAAAGGCCAGCAAAUCCAGAAGCACAGCUCUUACCAGGACAGAGGUUUGCCAGUGAAGAAACAGAGGAGCAUGGAGUUAUUGUGGUAGCUUUGUAUCCCUAUGAUGGCAUUCAUGAAGAUGACUUGUCCUUCAAAAAAGGAGAAAAAUUGAAAGUUAUUGAGGAGCUGGGAGAAUGGUGGAGAGCAAAAUCUCUCACGACAAGGAAGGAAGGCUUCAUUCCCAGCAACUACGUAGCAAAAGUAAACACCCUGGAAACAGAAGAAUGGUUCUUCAAAGACAUAACCCGAAAAGAUGCCGAAAGACAACUCCUGGCUCCUGGAAAUAGUCCUGGAGCUUUCCUUAUCAGAGAAAGUGAAACAUUAAAAGGCAGCUAUUCCCUCUCCAUAAGAGACUAUGAUCCACAGCACGGCGAUGUUAUUAAGCACUACAAAAUUAGGAGUCUAGACAAUGGAGGAUUUUACAUUUCUCCAAGAAUAACUUUUCCCAACAUCAAUGAUAUGAUCAAACAUUAUCAAAAGCAAUCAGAUGGCUUAUGCAGAAAGUUGGAAAAAGCGUGUAUUAGUCCCAAGCCUCAAAAACCAUGGGAUAAAGAUGCAUGGGAAAUUCCACGGGAAUCGAUUAAAUUAGUAAAGAAACUUGGAGCGGGUCAGUUUGGAGAAGUCUGGAUGGGUUACUAUCAUAACAGUACGAAAGUGGCUGUGAAGACUCUGAAGCCUGGAACGAUGUCUGUGCAAGCCUUUCUGGAGGAAGCCAACCUCAUGAAAACACUCCAGCAUGAUAAGCUCGUUCGGCUUUAUGCUGUAGUGACCAAAGAAGAGCCUAUUUAUAUUAUAACAGAAUUCAUGGCAAAAGGAAGCUUGCUGGAUUUUCUGAAGAGUGAUGAAGGAAGUAAAUUGUUGCUUCCAAAGCUAAUCGACUUCUCUGCUCAGAUUGCAGAAGGGAUGGCAUACAUAGAAAGAAAAAAUUAUAUCCACCGAGAUUUGAGAGCAGCCAAUGUUCUGGUUUCGGACUUACUGAUGUGCAAAAUUGCUGAUUUUGGACUAGCGAGAGUCAUCGAAGACAACGAAUAUACAGCAAGGGAAGGUGCAAAAUUCCCUAUUAAAUGGACAGCACCAGAGGCAAUUAACUAUGGAUCUUUCACUAUCAAAUCUGAUGUGUGGUCAUUUGGGAUUCUCCUGUAUGAAAUCGUUACAUAUGGAAAGAUUCCUUAUCCAGGUAUGAGCAAUUCAGAUGUGAUGGUUGCUCUUCAGCGUGGGUACCGAAUGCCACGCAUGGAUAACUGUCCAGCUGAGCUUUACGAUAUCAUGAAAACAUGCUGGAAAGACAAAGCUGAAGAGAGGCCAACAUUUGAUUAUCUACAGAGUGUGCUUGAUGACUUCUACACAGCAACAGAAGGGCAGUAUCAACAACAGCCAUAGAACAAAGAACACUUUUUCUAUUGACAUGGAUCAUUGGCACAGACUAUUAUUUGGACAGACUGCUCAAACCAAUUACUUCAUGAAUUUGGAUGUCUUAACUGAGUGUGGAAGGUGAAAUGCUGAAGGAAAGAGUAAUUCUGCAGAGAAAUAAUGUUUUUAUUUGGUUAAAACAGUUCUUCUAAAGCUUGAAGUUCUCCUUAAAUGCCUUAUGUUUUGCAUCUGCAGAAACAUCCCAAAGCAAGCAGGCUUUUUGGGGUGGGGAGGGAGAACGAAGGAAAGCAAUCGUGCAUGGGUACAGUUUGACAACACCUUCUUAGGAUCUAAGUCAUGCAAUACAUUACAAGGAGACCUUUAUAAAAGGGGCAAGAAGAUGCAUGAACAGCUGUUUUCAAAAGAAAAAGUCAUGAAGGAGAACUUACUUACAUAUUUAAGACAUGGUGAUGUUCUUAAAUCAUCUUUUGUGAAAAUUAUUUUUAUAUCCUUGUUAUUUCACAGUAGUAUCUGGAGUACUGUCACCUCUUGUAAGACUUUCUAAACAGUGUCAUGGUUUCCUUUAAGGAAGGGUUAUGUAUGUAAUUCUUUACACUGAAGAUGAUUCUGUUUGUUUUACUGCUGUAUUACUCAUACUAAAUUUAAAAUCAUUUUCAAAGCA